AUGGCGACAUUGGAAAGUAUGCUUUUUGAAGCAGCAGCUGCAGGAAAUGUGAAUUCUUUGCAGAAGCUGCUUCAAGAAGAUCCACUAAUCCUCGAUAGAGUUGUAGUUAGUUGUUUCCAUGAGACUCCUGUGCACAUAGCAGCACUAUUAGGCCAUAUUGGUUUCGUGAGGGAAAUCUUAAGGCGAAAACCUGAAUUUGCACGAGAGUUGAACUUGCACCUAUCUUCGCCUCUCCAUUUGGCAUCGGCGAAAGAUGAUUUUUCAGCCGGAAGCCAAUUUCGUGAUACUUGUCAACCUUUCUUUCCUCUUCUUCGUCCUCCUCUUGCUGUCUCUUGUACGGUUCCUUCGUCUUUUCCCUUGCUUAGCUUAUUCCUACUUGACAUAAAGGAAGAAGAUAUGUUCGAUUUGGUUGGUGAAACGAGGGGAAAGGAAGAAGAUAUAUUUAAUUUGAGAAUGGAGAUGUAA